AUGUGUUAUAUUUCAGAGCUGCAUAAGGAGUUACCGUCGGCUCUGUUAUCGCUCCUGUCUGUGCAGCAGUCGCCGACGCUGGCGGCUCUCAUUCCGCCCUGCAUCCAAGUGAGCAAUAUCAUCAAACCGGUUACCAAAGAUGUGGCGCCCUUCACUGGUGCCCUGCACAUGCCAAUGCUGCAACCCUUUCUGCAAAACAAUAACACUCUCACCAACUCGCUGGUACAGCCUAAAGAAGACCAGGACUCGGACGCGGAAUACGACGAUACGGACGAUAUCGUUCUGCCCGAAGAAAACGACGCCUUCUACGAUUCCGGCACAAACUUCUCACCGAACGCGAGCAACACCAACUCAAACGACGCGUUCGACUCCAAACCGGACACGAAAGGCCAUUACUUGAAACGCGACGGGAAUAGUUCGGACGAUGCAAGUCGCCAGUUCGAGUGCCGGCACUGCGGCAAAAAAUACCGUUGGAAGUCCACUUUACGCCGCCACGAGAACGUGGAGUGUGGUGGCAAAGCUCCCUCCCACCAAUGUCCAUACUGCUCCUACAAGGCCAAGCAGCGUGGCAACCUGGGCGUACACAUCCGCAAACACCACAACAACGAGUGGUACAUCUACGCCAGCAAUAAAGUCAGGCGGAACAAAAAGACCUCUAUCUAG